AUGUUCAAAGCAGGUAUAAGGCGAAGUAUAAGCCCCUUGAACACCAUUCGUGGGUUUCCCGUGGGUUUCCGGGCCUCAGCGACUCCUAUCGCUGCUAGAUGGAACUCCAGCUCCACUGGAGUAUCAGAAAUUACAGACAAACUUCCAACAUUCGAUAGUACUUCUGCCACAAAUGGGUACAUUACGGACUUAACCUCGGACCAGUUGGGAUACUUAGACUCCAUAGGUAUGGCCCAAGGCUGGGGACCAACGUCCUUGGUAGAAAGGUUCUUAGAAUUGACACAUGUGUAUACUGGUCUUCCAUGGUGGGGAACAAUUAUAGCUGCUACCGUUGCCGUAAGGGCUGUAAUGUUUCCCUUAUACGUCAAAUCGUCUAUCAAUGCUGCGAAAAUGACAAAGGUGAAGCCAGAAUUGGACCAGAUCAUGAAAGACCUUCGAGAGGCUGAAAACCCCCAGGAACAGGUUCAAGCAGCGCACAAAAGAAAGGCAUUGAUGAAGCAACACGAUAUUCACAUGUCUCAUCAGAUGUUUCCCUUGUUGCAACUCCCACUCGCUUAUGGAUUUUUCCAGGCUUUGCGUAAAAUGGCAAACUUUCCCGUUGAAGGAUUCUCAUCUCAAGGUUAUGCUUGGUUUGAAGAUUUGACCCAGGUGGAUCCAUACUGUGGUUUACAAGUUAUCGCCGCAGGAAUUGUCGUCUUGAUGGUUAGGAUCGGUGGAGAGACAGGAGCCGCUACUAUGAAUCCCAUGUUGAAGAAAGUCAUGACAUAUGUCCCUAUUGCUUCCAUCUUUAUAACCAAGGAAUUUUCAGCUGCAGUGGUGUUAUAUUUUGCAAUCAAUUCGAUGGCUUCUUUUGUCCAAGCAUUGGUUUUAAGGAACAAGUACUUCCGUAAAUUGGCUAAAAUGCCACCAAUUGUGGCUGCAAAACCAUCUGAGAGCGCCCCUACAACUGUCACCGAAUGGUGGAAAGAUUUUCAAAAAAGUAUGAAUCUGGGAGUUGAAAAAAAGAUGAAAGAGUCCAAUACCAAACUUGGCGCCUUGCACAAGAGGAAGAACGAAGCCAGUGGUGGCUUUAUUAAGAAACAUUGA